CUCAGCCCAGGUCGCCCACCGUACUGUCCCAUUUCUCUGCGUUGUCUACGCGCUCGUACUCUUGCGGCGAUGAGCUCUGACGAUGCCUACUUCGAUGACGAACUCGAUUCCGCUUUUCUCAAUGAAAUCGAUGCCAUAGAGGCCGCUCACGCGUCUCCUCCGAAGCCAGCCAAACCCGCGGCGCAUCUGAGUUCCUCACGGGGGCCACCAUCUCCUGCGCGCGAAGUCAUUGACGUUGAGGAUUCCGAUCCGUUUGACGCCUUUGACUUCGAUGUCGCUGUGCUCCAAGAUAUCCAGGAAGGUCGGGCGCGAGAACCGGAGGCGGGGCCCAGCAGGGCACCUAUGCAACGGAUAUCAUCGAAGAACACUAUUCAGACGACUUUACUGGGAGGUAUAGUACAGGAGUCGACGAACUCCAAACCCAAGUCGUCCACGAAGGCACCAAUGCAACGGACUCACAGUGCUCGUGCUACUCUCGCCGAGAGGAAGACCAGAAGGUGGGAUCACACCGCAUUUGCGAAGUCAGGUUGGAGACAGUCGGCGGAAGAUAAGGCAAGGAAGAAGGGCAAAGGCAAAGCAUCUUUCAAUGAUGCGGAGGAGGAAGAACCUGUAGAGUUCGAACAAUUCCCAGCACCAUAUGUACCUGUUGGACCACCCCGGCCAAAUAAGUUGAAGCCAGAUCUCCUAGCCGCCAGGCACUGGAUCUAUCCUCUCAACAACCCGAAACGUGACUAUCAAUUCAACAUCGCGAGACAUUGUCUGUUCGAGAACACGUUAGUGGCGCUACCGACGGGUUUAGGAAAGACCUUCAUUGCUGGGGUUGUGAUGUUGAAUUUCUACCAUUGGUUCCCAGAUGGCAAAGUCGUCUUUCUUGCACCGACGAAGCCUCUCGUCGCUCAACAGAUAGACGCUAGCCAUAGGGUUUGCGGCAUACCAGGUAGUCAUGCUGCAGAGCUCACAGGGGAGACAUCACGAGCGAAGCGGGUGGAUGCUUUCGCUGAAAAGCGAGUGUUCUACAUGACGCCGCAAACGCUCAUGAGCGACUUGACAUCCGAGACGUGCGACCCGUCAGACAUCAUACUCAUUGUCAUUGAUGAAGCGCAUAAAGGGUCGGGCGACUACGCCUACGCACAAGUCAUGCGGUACAUGAUGGCCAAGAAUCCUCACUUCCGCGUCCUCGCCCUCACAGCUACGCCUGGCAGUAAACCGGAGGCUGUACAAGAGAUCGUCAAUUGCUUGCACAUCAGCCAUAUCGAAAUCCGAGACGAGGAGAGUCUAGAUAUCCGCAGCUACAUCCACAAGAAAGAGGUUGUCAAGCAUGUGAUUACGAUGAGUGAAGAUAUCAACAAGCUCCGUGAACUAUUGUGCAAGAUAAUGCAGCCGUUGAUCAAGUUGGUUCAGAGCAACGGUGCCAUGUACGGGUCUACCGAUCCGGUCAUGCUGCACUUUUUCAGAUGUCAGUCCGCUGUGGGUGAGCUUCGUAUGCGGAAAGCUCCCGCCUGGGUCACGGCUGCCGCCAGCAAGUUGCAGCCGCUGGCACGAGCUAUUGGGUACUUGUACGAAGCUAGCACUAGCAUGUGCUACAACGUACUGAAUGGAGUCCUGUCCGGGCACGAUAACGAAACAGGCAAACAGGCGGCAAGUAAGAACACUCAGAGCGGCUUACAGAAAGACCCCAACUUUCAAGCUCUCAUCCGAGAAAUCGAGGCUCAGAGGAACCGCGGCUUCGCCUUGCACCCCAAAAUGGAGAAGCUACACGCUCUGCUCGUGCAGCAUUUUGCGGGCCACAUAGGCGACCGGGAAGACGCGAACAGCCGUGACGGAGAGGAAGGCGCAGGUGACGCGGAAGAGUCGCGCGUCAUGGUCUUCGCCUCCUUCAGAGAGUGUGUAGACGAACUGGUGGAAAUACUCAACAAAGAGUCUCCACUGAUUCGAGCGGCGCGCUUCAUUGGCCAAGCGGCCGACAAGAACGGCCGGUCUGGGCUUGCGCAGCGGGAACAACUAGAGGUCAUCAAGAAGUUUAAAGCCGGAGAGUUUAACGUUCUGGUAUCCACGUCUAUCGGGGAGGAAGGUCUGGACAUCGGCGAAGUCGAUAUGAUUGUUUGCUACGAUUCCCAGAAAACCCCAAUUCGCAUGUUACAACGAGCUGGCCGGACUGGUCGUAAGCGGGCCGGCGUUGUGCACGUUCUGAUCGCGGAGGGCCGUGAAGACAGAAACUGGGAAAGGGCGAAGGGCAAGUACAAGGACGUCCAGGACUACAUCGUCAAAGCCGACGAGCUCGAACUCUAUGCGGACGUCGAGCGACUCCUACCCGACCACGUCAAGCCCGUGUGCGUCGAGAGGGUCAUGGAAAUCGAGGAAUACGUGCGUGAGGAGAAGACCUCAAGGAAAGGCUCCCGCGCAGAUGGUGGUGGCUCUCCGAAGGGGAAGAAGCGAAGGCGGAGCGAUGAUCCAUUGCACAACGUUCCUGCAGGGGCGAGCAACGGUUUCGUAAACGUGAAGGACCUGCUCGUCAAGGGCGCCAAGGGCAGGAAGAAGCGCAAAGUCGACGUUGAUCCCGAGAAGUACACGGGAGAGGAUGACGAUGACGAUCUGGAGAUCGAGGCGGGCGUUUUUGCGCCUCGAAGGGCGGCCUCGACCUCUGCGGUAUCUCGAGCGAACAACACAAGGAAGUUACGUCGGGUGAAGACUGUUGCUUCCACAGAUAGCGCGGAGAAGCCCAAGAAGAGAAAGAAAGCUGUCCAUCCCCCCGAGCUCACAGAGAGCCAAAUAGCACGAAUGGCUGCUGACGAUUCUGAUGACGCCGAUAUCGAGCGCGGACUCGCUUCUUCAUCCACUACACUAUGUUCAGCUAACGAGACGCUACGGUCUACAUCACGCCGGGCCCGCGACACAUCGCCCGUGGUACUCGCGGACCGCAGUAUCAUUGACCUCACCACUCCUAGUCAGCCGACUCGUACGAUGUCGCCAGCGAUCUCUCUGAGUUCUUCCCCUGAUCGACCAUUGGUAAGGCUGGGCAAGAAAGCUGGCGGACGACGAUGUGGAACUACUCCGUCACCCGACCCUUCCCCUUCCACAUCAUCCCCCGAGCGACCUCUCAAGUCGAGAAGCACGAGUACGUUGAGUAGGACACGGCAACCACACCAGUCUGCUAGCCCUCCUGCCCUAACGGUCAACCAUUCGUCAGGAUCUCCGGCCUUGGAUGUCGCUCCCAAGGAUGGUGACAUGGCUUGGUUGAUCGAUGACGACGAGGACCCGGAUAUACAAGUCGUCAAAUCCUCGCCUGUCCUCCAUCGCAAUUUGUCGCCGGUGAUCUCGUCCGACGACGAGCUGGAUCUGUUCCGGGAGCGGUUCAAUUCACCUUCACCUGCGAACGGCAAAGACGCCAGUCUGGCAUCUGUUAAUCCUGUCAGCGGGACCGUGACUAAACAGAGAGAGCUCAUGCCGCCUCCCGCCUUGCCCGCCCGAUUAACGAGGCCACACGAGGCUGAACCGAUGCCCGAACCCACCUUCGCCGUUCGCGCUCCUGGCGUACAAAACAGGAGACAGGCCGUGAUCGACCUCAGUGACUCAUCACCUCUUGCGAUGCCUCCGCCAUCUCAGCGCCGUCUACGUCGGCAACGAAGUUCGCCUUCUCCGCCUUCUCCACCUUCUCCGGCGCCCCAUAGACCGAAGAAGCGGAAAUUCAAGGACAUAGUCGAAGCUCAGAAGGCUAACCCGUGGAUGGACGUAGAGGCGACGCAUUCUGGUGAUGAGCGCAGCGUCGGGUCGUCUGACGUGGAGAACGAGGAUGGGUACGAACCAUCCUUCGUGCAGGAUGCGCUAGAGACACAGGUCUCUCCCUCGUACGAUCAGUCUGCUGUGUACCGGCGAAGCCUUCUCACACAGGCUCCCGGAGGCAGCAGAGCCGCACCAGUCUUCGCGAACCGACCUACGGCGCGCGGUUGGGGCGCAUAUGGGGGAGCAAGUGCGUCGCGAGUCGUUUCCAACUCCUCCAGAUACGAAUCCGAGGACGACGAAUACGAGUUUGGCAGUUUCGUCGUCGAUGACGAUGAAGACCUGGCAACACAUUCAUCUAGCGAGCCUUGAGCUUGAGGCCUUGAGGUGGCCCGUCACUUCCGACUGCUUCCACUGGAUCGUGCGUAUUGUUAUAUGUAGUACUUAUGUAACCGUAGUUGUGACAUUUACACGAGCGUGUUGGGGGACCGAGUAUACAAAUGAAAUGAGCAGAAUAUUGGAAUGCUACCAUAAA